AUGACAUCAUUUUUUAUAUUCAAAGAUAAUCAACAAACAAUAAAACUGUCAAUUAAUAAUAAAUAUGACAAAUGUAUUCAGUGGGCUGAAGGUGAAAUUGUACGACCUGAUUAUAAUAUAACAACAACUCCAAUUUAUGAUGCACUUCAGUCUAGUACAUCGAGUCGAUUAGAAGCUGUCGUAUUAGAUGAAAACCGAGAGAUAUUUGUUAAUGAAUAUGAAAAACCAUAUAUGUAUAAAAUGUUUAUUAUUGGAGACAUUAGUGGUACUAUACCUUUAAUAGUAUACGAUCAUUUAAUCGAUUCAUUAAAAAUAAAUGAGACUUUUAUAUUUACUCAAAUUAAAUGGAAAAAAAUACAUGAUAAAAUUAUUUUAACUACAACUCCAAAUACUAUAAUCUCUCAAACAACAAAUGUAGUCAGUCCUAAUUUACAUAAUAUGGAAGAAUCGAUGUUAUUCAAUCAAAUGGACGUUCAACAAAUAAAUACUUGUUUCGAAGAAAUCACAAAUUCACAAAAACAAAUGACAUGUCUUUCAUGUAAACAAAAUUUAAUACCAAUCAAAGGCAAGGAACAUUUAUUAAAGUGUCAUAAUUGUUCCCAAUUUGCAUGGUGUAAAUUGAAUGAUUUUAACGAAACUUUCGUUCUUCAAAUUGAUAAUCAAAAACGUUCAUUUACUGCCGUAAAAGAUGUUUUAGAAACUUUUUUUCAACAACAAAACGCCAAUCUACCAUUAACAUUCGAAAAUUUAUUAAAAUAUUAUAUGUUUAAUGGACCCUGGAAAAUAACUUUAAGUCAUUUUCAUAAUCUUAUUCUUCAUAUCCAAAAAAUCUAA